AUGGCGAUUCAGCCUGGCGUUGGACUGCUUGGUCAGUUACUAGGCGCAGGCCCGUUACCUCCAGAGAUUCCCGCGUACAUGAAUAACCCGACCCCUGCCGCUCAAACCCCGCGUUGUACGCAUAGUGAUACUGCUUUCUGUCGCAUCACAGGAACAGUUCUGGUUCAGAAGGGCGAUCUGGCUACAUUCAGCACGCUAUUCCCGACAUCGGUCCCCCUCCUCGGAUCGACCCAUUGGGUCAUCCAUCAUGGCCUAGCACAGGCACUUCUAUUCUUUUGGGCGAUGCCCAUCGAGUUUGCUUCUCUUGUGGAGAGUGUAGUAAUUGUAGAGGAUGGGAGCGGACCUGGCGUGUUCUGUUCACUCGAGAUGGAGCACUUCAUGAGCCUCGAGAGCAUGGACGACAUCAACUUCACUGGCGAGGGAGCCCGGCCGCUCCAUUUCAGCGAGGACGAACGAGCUGUGCAGACUUUCCUGAAGUCGGCUCUCGAGCCUGUCCUCCACCACCAGCGCGUCCGCUCCGGCGGCGUCCGCCUACGCUUCAUGUCUAACCUCACCGGCAUCUGUCGCGCACCGGAUGUCCUCGAGGAAUUGCGCCGCCGCAAUGUACCCGGGGCGCGCGGUCCCACCUUCAAGGACCAAUACAGAGAGGAAUUGAAGGUCGACAACUUCUGGAAGGAGUUAAUGGGCGAGGAAGUCGAGCGUCCGCAGCGCUUAAUCGAAGAGCUUUCGAAGGAUCGUGGCUUUGCCAACCCCAAGGCUCAAACCCCUAAGGCAGCUCCCGCGAUUAAGCAGACUAAGAGAAAGAGAGCGACUGCAAAGGGCAUUCAGCACCUGAAGAACCUAAAGUCCGUUAGCUCUGCGCCCUUGGGCAAGGCGCUGCUCACCAAUAUACCUUCCGACAAACCUGGGGCGCAACGAGCGUGGAGCGCGUCGCCGCAUAACCAAGGAAGGCGACGAGAUAGAGAAGAAGAACCUGAUCGUGAAGCUACGAACAGGCCACUCACCUGCCACCGAGAAGGCGGGAGAUUCGAGCCCUAUCACGACGUUGAAAGAUUCCGGUCUUUACGCUACGAAGCGGCCAAACGCACCUUCAAGUUCACCGGCCCGCGCCGCGAUUCCGCGCAAUUUCUCAAACCACUGAACCCCGACACGCCACCUGUGCAGACUGGCAUGGCCACGCCCAAGCCGAAAGAGAACCCCGGCCAAGACACUAGCUCACGCGCGACGCUUGGAUCUGUCGACGCGCAGAACGCAGACCUUAUUCUCCAAUCUCGUACGACGCUUGCACCUAGUUUGCAGAACAAUGAACACGUGUACGAGCCUUCAGGAUCUUCCAAGGCCAAGGCGGCCGAAGAGGAUGAAGUCGAGAACGUGGAGCCCGACGUCCACUUCGAGCCCGUUGUGCGCCUGACAGAAGGUCGAGACCAAGACGAACGAGGGGCUCGAGGAGCAAACAUUCAAGAUGAGCGCCAAGCUGUCCAACGGCUAUGGUGCGACUCCUAUCGCUCCACCAACCCGUCCUCGGAAUGUUCCUUCAACUCCAACUCCCUGCCCUCCCACCUCUCCGCCCUCCGCCUCACCAGCCAGGGCUCCAGCCCCUUCGACACACCCCCAUCCCUCCCGCCCCGCGGGCCCCGCCCGCACCAGCUCUCCAACUCUAGCACUCCGGGCCGCACCAUCACCACCACGGCCGCCAGCGGCAGUGGCAGCAGCAGCGCUACCUCGCGGCGCUCGCAGGUCGCCGUCGACGCCGAGGCGCGCUUCAAGUGCGCUGUCCAGGACACCGUCGCCGCGUUCUAG